GCUGAGUCAGUUCUCGCUGCAGCUUCGUCGUGGCCAGGCGGUCAUUCUUACUCUCGCGCGGUCUUUCAAUUUCCUGGUCGUGCUUUCGUGUUUGAGAUCUUCUGUCGAUCGAUUUCUAAGUGAGAUAAGUAUGUGAAACGUCAUUGUGAUUGUAUAAGUGUCUUUACGCUGUGGGUUUCGAAGAAUUUAAAAUUACCUCGCUAUAAAAAAGAUAUUUAAAGAAUAAUUCUCGAAGAAUCUUUAUUGAAAGUACCUGUCUUGAAGAUAUGUGCGGUCAGAUAAGUGGAAAGACAUGAGUAAUGUAAACACGGAAAUGAUUUAAGCAAAGAAGUAUCACGCAAAACUGCUUGCCAGUUGACCUUACACCGAUUGAUCUCCUGGAAAUUUUUUGUUCGGAAAAGCAGUGAACGUCAUCGUUGUUAGUGGAAUUGUGCAGAAAUGGAGGGUGCAAGUACACCGAGCACGCUUAUGGAAUUGAAAACGCGAAGACAGCAAUUUCAACCGCAAAUGUCGACCUUGGACACAAGAAGAAGGCAGGCAGUUUGCGUGAGAAGAGCUUUCAAGAAAUAUGGAUCUAAGAGUAACCCGAAUGUCAUUCUGGACGGACUUAACAUGACUGUGCCAAAAGGCUCGAUUUAUGGGCUACUUGGUGCGAGCGGUUGCGGAAAGACUACUCUAUUAUCGUGCAUCGUCGGUCGGAGGCGUUUGAAUUCUGGCGAAAUUUGGGUACUAGGUGGUCGACCAGGUUCCAAAGGAUCCGGUGUACCUGGUCCACGCGUCGGCUACAUGCCGCAGGAAAUCGCUCUCUAUGGCGAGUUCUCUAUUCGGGAAACGUUCAUUUAUUUUGGCUGGGUCGCCGGCAUAACGACAGAUGUAGUAGAGGAUAAGCUGGAAUUCCUGAUAAAGUUUUUGCAAUUACCGCCCGAAAAUCGUUUUGUCAAAAAUCUAUCCGGUGGCCAGCAAAGAAGAGUGUCCUUCGCAGCAGCUCUUUUAGCUGAUCCCGAGCUCUUGAUCCUGGAUGAGCCGACGGUCGGCGUGGAUCCUGUUCUUCGACAGAAUAUCUGGGAUUAUUUGGUGCAGAUCACCAAGGACGGCAAUCAUACCGUUAUUAUUACCACGCAUUACAUCGAGGAGACCAGGCAAGCCAGCAUCAUCGGGCUAAUGAGAAGCGGCAAAUUUUUAGCGGAGGAAUCUCCGAGAAGAUUGAUGGAAAUGCACCGACUGGAUACUUUAGAAGAUGUCUUCCUAAAACUGAGUAGAAGGCAGAAUAUGGGAUUGAGGAGAAGAAGUAGUAUUUUGAGUAGUAUAACAGGCGUUCCGCCGGAUGAUGAAAUGGAUGAUGAGAUGAGCGGUGAAUUUGGUGAUAACGUGAGUGUGUCUAGUCGAAGAAGAAGCAUCAUCAUUAAUACCAAUGAUGGCAAUGUGCCAGAAUUGCCACCGGAAGAAGAAGGUUCCUCUAAGUUCUCGAUGAUCAAUUCGAUGCACAUGAAAGCUCUUAUUUGGAAAAAUUUUCUGUGGAUGUGGCGAAACGUUGGAGUAAUGUUGUUCAUUAUCGCUCUACCGGUCGCCCAAAUAAUCCUUUUUUGCAUUUCCAUCGGCAAAGAUCCCGUGGGUCUAAAUUUAGCUAUUGUUAAUAACGAACUCAACAAUAGCAUGCAACCUUGUAUUCCGUCAACCGGUUGUGAUUGGUCGCUAUUAAGUUGUCGAUAUCUUCAGCAACUGGAGAAGAAGACUAUGAAGUUAUUACCUUACGAUACUGAAGAGGAAGCUAGGAACGCUGUGAAGAAAGGCUGGGCAUGGGGUGCUAUUACUUUUCCCUCAAAUUAUUCAGAAUCUCUCAUGGCAAGGAUAGAUUACGGCAGAAAUGCCGCGGACUGGGAUAUCGAUUUCGCGGAGAUGUCAAUUAUCAUGGACAUGUCUAAUCAACAAAUAGGACAAUUGCUUCGAAGAGAUCUGCUUUAUGCGUAUCAAGAUUUCGCGAGAAAUAUUACUGUAGCUUGCAAUUACAGCGAGAAAUUAACCAGCAUACCUAUACAUUUUAAUACACCAAUCUACGGACCUCUGGAUCCUAAUUUCACGGAUUUUGCAGCUCCUGGAAUAAUCCUAACACUUAUUUUCUUUCUCUCGAUCGCAUUGACAUCGGGUGCAUUGUUAUUGGAGAGAAAUGAGGGUUUACUGGAAAGAUGUCUCGUAUCAGGUCUCACUGGCACAGAGAUUCUCUUCAGCCUAGUGCUUACCGAGUUUACGGUGAUGCUCGGUCAGACCGUGAUGGUGAAUAUAGUCGCAUUUGCGAUCUUCAGGAUCACCUGCAUUGGUGAUAUUGGUUGGAUCACCACUUUGAUUAUCCUUACAGGUGUCUGCGGCAUGGCCUUCGGAUUUGUCAUCGCCUGUGUGUGUGACAAUGAAAGAAGCGCUACGUACAUGGCGAUGGGUUCGUUCCUUCCUAUUAUGAUGUUGUGCGGGAUUGUUUGGCCCAUAGAAGGCAUGCAUCCUCUGCUGAAGUAUAUUAGUUUUCUGUUACCUCUGACGAAGAGUACGGAGUCAAUGAGAUCGAUGCUGGCUAGGGGUUGGUCGAUAUCGGAACCCACGGUUUAUUACGGCUUCGUAGCCACCUUCAUCUGGAUUAGCAUCUUCAUGAGUAUGGCGAUAUUAUUGCUCAAAUUUAAGAAGGGUUAGCUUAGAGGAAGGGAACAUAGUUUUAUAAGCUUAAAAAUGGAAUCGGCCAAACUUCUAUGUGAAUUGCAACAUAAUAAACUUGUGAAUAAAUAAA